CACCUCCUCCUCCUCCUCCUUCCUCCCUAUCUGGGCUCAUUUGGAAGGAAACAGGAGAGGAAGCCACAGCAGCACCGGCCUGAGUGGGAGACUGGAGCAGAUCCCCCCGCAGAGCUUUGGAGUUUCACCUGGGAGAUACUACAGCUGAGCUGCGCUGAGGACCUCCUGUCACCAUGGGGAACGUGGUUUCCUCUCACCUGAAUGAGAGCCGACGGAAGAUGAUCGAAGCUCGGACCACGGAAGUGUUAGAAAAGUUCCACGAGGUCUUCAAGAAGCAAUACCCCGUCGCUAUCUUCAACGUCGUCCGCUUAGAGCUGGAAGGAGGAGGCGGCACGCAGUCGCAGCUGCUGCACCGAAAGGACCCUCUGGCGGGUCACACCAUCUUCUCUGGGAGUUUGUUCCAGUACCUGGAGGAGAAUCGGAAGUGGAGGAGCCGUUUUGUGUUUGUGCCAAACACCUACACCAUCGAACUCUUUGAGAGCAAAGCGGCCCAUGAACAACGGCUGCAGCCGAAGCUUUCCAUUAACUGUGCCGGCUACAAGGCCCUGACCUCCAUGGAGGAGUACUUGGAGCUGAUGAGCAGUAGCCUGCCAGGCCUCAAAGCCAAAGCGAGCGGCGUCCCCUUCAUCAAAUACCCGACCCAGUUCCCCCUGAUCCUGUGGCACCCGUACGCCCGGCACCACUACUUCUGCGUGGGAACGGAGAAGGAGCAUAAGAAGUGGCACGCCGUGCUGCAGGACUGCAUCCGACACAGCAACAACGGUCUGUCGGAGGAAAAAAGUGUUGAGACGCCCGCCUUCGUGGACUCUAUAAGACGCUACCGACAAGCCAAAGGGCACUACGGCACCUGGGUGAUGAUGUGUGGAACACCAGGACAGAUUCUGGCAAAUCUUGUGAUGGAGACUCUCCACCCUGAGCUCAGAGAUGCGAUUGGCCCUCGUCUGCGAGGGAAGAUGGAGCAGAGACAGAGAAACUGGAUGUUGGUCUCUGAUGCCGUGUACAAGCAGGUUCUGUCCCGGACCAAUAAGGAUUUCAAAUCUAUGGUGGACAACUGUGAACUCGAGAAUGAAACAUUAGCUGUCAAGCUGCGGGGUCACAUGGACAUGCUCAUCACAUCCAAAGAACAUAUCGUUGGCAAGAUAAAAGCUCAUGUGAUGCCGAAGGUGGAGCAGCUCCUCCGGACCAACGUCCAGCCCUGCAUCAACUCCAUCCUGGAGGCCCUGAUGGAGCCCACCAGCCGGGGCUUCUCUGAGGUCCGGGACGUGUUCGUCAAGGAGGUGGUGGAGGUCAACAAGAACUCCCUAAACGGAGGGGGCAAAGAAAAGCUGGGAGAGCAACUGGAGAGGCUGUCCAUGCUGGCGUUCCACCCGGUGAAGAUGCAGAGCUGCUACGAGCAGAUGGAGAAGCUGAACCUGGAGGGGCUGCAGCAGAGGUUUGACGUUCCCAGCCCCUCCGUGUUCGUCAGCAGGGCGCAGAUCCUCAUGAGGGAGCAAAUGGACAACGCGGUGUACACGUUCGAGCAGCUGCUUCAACAGUCCCUGGAGUCUCAGGGUGAGGCGGACCUUUGCAAAAGCAUCGAGAAAUGCCAGGAGAGAGUUCUCAAGAAAUAUGAUUACGACAGCAGCACGGUGCGUAAGAAGUUCUUCAGAGAGGCCUUACUGCAGAUAAUCAUCCCCUACAUGCUGCGGGAGCUCGCUCCAUCCUGCACAGAGGGGCUGCAUCGCUUCCAGGAUCUGAUCUUUCAGGACUCGUCCCACGUCCUGCUGGUGGAGAACAUGUAUGAGGACGUGGUCCUGCAGUCUGUCUGCAAGGACAUAUUGACGGCUGUGAAGGAGGCAGCCGUGCAGAGGAGACACAACCUGUACAGGGACAGCAUCAUUCUCACCAACAGCGACCCCAACCUUCACCUCCUGGAGGAGACCCCGCCUGCAGACUGGGGCUCCAAGUUCGUAGCCGACGACCCCGACGGCUCGGUGGACAGCAGGGCUGACGGAAAGGGCCUCAAAGGCAGACGCAGGCAGGUGGUCUCAAUGAUCCAGCUGGAGGGGCUGCCCAUUUCAUACGAGUCCUGUCAAGAGGUCCCAGGCGUGGACCUUAUUCCUGAAGAAGACGGAGAGGUUUCCGGGUACAACGAGGAGGACGCAGAGGUGGACGAGGAGGACCUGGGUCAGUACCCGUCUCUGAAGUCUCCUGACAGCGUGAAUGAGAUCAGGGACCUGAUCAAUCCUGUGGUGGAGGUUGUACUGCCCGUCCAUGAGGAGAACCUGGAGGAUGGAGCCAGCGAGACGGAGAGCACCGACGGCACCUUCACCGCGGAGGACGGGCUGCCGGAGGAGGUGACGCACGUCACCACCGUCGUGGACGACGGUGCCAAGAAGUUGUCGCGGGAGAAAUCGUCGGCGCGGUCGAUCAUGGAUGAGCUGGUCGGGAGCAGGAAGCAGGAACGGAAGCUGGAAGAGGAAGCAGCCAUCCAGGAGGCCAUCGAAGAGAUGGAGCUGGCGGUGCAGGGCGAGGACGAGGACAAGGACGGCGAGCAGAUAGCCGAGUCCGAUUCCGAGUCGCAGCCGUUGGCCACAGACUGCAGCUCGCGCAACGACAGCGGCUUCCAGUCCCCGACCAAUGAGCGCGAGGCCGGGCUGAUCGCAAACGGUCCAACCGCUGAGGACAAAUCCGCCGACCCGGUGGACGAGGAGCUGCUCGUAGUGUAGAAAACCACUUUGGAACAGUAAAAACCCAAAAAAAACAUGAAACAAUAUUGAAUAUUUAUUGUUUGUCAGACAUUUAUAAGAAGCACCAAUCAUGAACACUGUUAAAUUCGUCAUCCUAAAAAUCGUCUUUUAUUGAACUAAAUUAGUUUUACAUAUAUAAUCCGCUUUGAAAUGAACGUGCCUUAUUGGAAAGUGUAAUUUAAGUUUUACCUGUAUCUAGUCAGCAGAGGGCGCUGUGACUCAAAGCGCUUCAUCGUUGCUGCUUUCUGUGUUUAUAACUUAUUUCUAAGCACUUCUUGUAUUUGUACAUAGCCUUAAAACGCAGUUAUGGACAUAACUGAUCAGUAAUUAAAAACAAUAAACAUCUGUUAAUGUUCACUUUAAAUAUAUGAACCUGUUUAUAGUAAAUCGAGUUAAAUAUGAGUUUUAUUUAAUAUUUUGUAUGCUUUUUGAUAAUCUCAUGGGCUUGUUUAUUUGUCAGACUGCUGUUGGAGGCAUAAAGCUGGAGACCAUUAAGACAAAAAUUCAUCCUUAUAGAGGAAAACGCUUAGAAAGCAUUAAGGGGAUCAUAAAGUGGAGGAUUUCAUAAUGUACGCUAUGCUAUAUAAAUAAAGUUUUGUUGUCUCAUGUUCUUCA